UUUUAGAGAUAAGAUAACACAAAAAAAAAAAUGAAAAAAAAAAAUAAACUACAGUCUAUUUUAGUAUUGAUUGUUAUGAUCAUUCACAUCGUUGUUGUCCACAGUAGUAAAUUUUUUUAUUUUAUUUAUUUAUAUAUUAAAUGAAAUGGCUUAUUUGUUUAUUUAUUUAUACAUCCUGGUGAUUCAAUUAUACAGAACAAUGUCAUACACUGAAAUACCACCUGUAAACAUUGAAGCUGAGCUUGGUGACAUUGUUGAUAUCUCUGUGGAAAAACCACCAGGAAUUAUUGAAAAAUGUGAAUUGAUUAAUUACCAAUAUGUAAAUUUGGAGCUGAAAAAAACAAGCUAUAUUUUGUAUGAUAAUUUUAGUAGAAUCACUUCUGAUAAACAUAUUGAAUUAACAACUAGCUUUCAGUCUUGUUCAUUUUCAUUUAAACCAUUAAUGGAAUAUUUUUAUGGAAGAUGGAAUAUAAAAACAAAAUACUUGUGUUAUAAAAAUACACCAUGUGCAUACGGUGAACAAACUCAAAAUUAUUAUAUCUCCAAAAAACAUAUGGUUCAAGGGUAUUGUGGAUAUGAUUACUUCAAAGAAACUGGUUCAGUAAAAAUAAAUGUUAUUUCAGAUGAAACAAAACUAGUCAAAAUUGGUAGUACAAUUACAAUUGCACCUAGGAUAAAUUACAAACUAGAACAUUGUCGUGUUAAAUGUUCUCUGCAUCAUUAUGAAUCCAAUAAAACAUACGACAAUGAUUUAGCAAUAAACAAAGUAUUUUUCACACUGGGAGAUAAGUUUAAUCGUUUAUGUGAAUUUACAUUUAUUGAAUUUAAAAAAGAGCACAUUGGAAAAUGGAAAAUUGAAUCAUAUCUUAGUGAUAAAAAAAUGCAAGAAAAAAAAACGAUGAUAAAACAAGUGGACAAUAUUUAUUUAUUUGAAGAAAAGAUUAAAAUAUUUGAGCAUAAAAUUAAUCCAGGAUAUAUUGGUCAAUAUUUGGUGAUGCAUAUGAAUAAUCUAGAUGAUAAAUUAAGAAACUGUACAGCCUUUGAUGAAAUAAGUAAAAAUACAUAUAGUAUUAAUUUGUUGACUAAUGACAGUAAGGAUAUUCAACGAUAUGGAAAUUGUGGUAUUCGUAUACGUAUUAAAAAAAUUAAAUUUGAAGAAUGGUACAUAGAAGAAUUUUUAAAUAAUGUAAACAGAAAAUAUUAUUUUUUCCAAAGAUUAACAGAUGAAUUGGAUUAUAAAUUAUCGAAAGAAAUAUACAACAAUAAUACAAAAAAAGAACUUAUAUCUAAGAAAUAUAAAUUUAUAAAAAAAGGAUCAACAUUUAUGUUUGAUUUAGGUUUGUGUAAAAAAAGUAUUUUUUGUGAACUUGAAAGACCAAAUGGUACAAUAAUAUCAUUAACAAAGGAUAAUUUUAAUUAUAAAAUAAAUGAUGCAUCAUUCAGUGAUGAUGGAGUAUGGAUUGCACGUUACCAAGUUGAUGAUGAAAUUAUACUAAUUGAAGAAAAAUAUAUAGUAUCAAUUUGGGAUUUCAAUCAUACAAAAAUUUUUAUCAAAGCUUCAGAAAAAUUUACAAAUAUAAUAUUAAAUACUCUUGAAAAACCUAAGACGUGUGUACUUGAAUUACCAAAUGGAACAAUUAUUACAAGCAAGCCUAAGCUCAGCAAUGCUUACAGAUAUGAUAUGCUAGAUGACAAUGAUAAAGAGGGUAAUGAAAGGUUUGAUAAAUCAAUUGAGCACAGCUUUGGAAUAUGCAGCUUCAGAAUUAAUUGGAACAGUCAACAUUUAGCUGAACAAUUUGGAAAAUGGAAGUAUACAAUGAAAUUUUAUAAAUUUAAUGACAACGACAUUAUUCCUGUUAAUCGAAAAAUUAAAAAUAUCAAUAAUCAGCAGGGAGAGCUACACAACAUUCUUGAAUACAAUUUUUCUACCAUUGUUCAGCUAAAUGAUAGUUUUUUGAUUGAUUGUUCAUACCCUGCAAAAUUAUAUUUUUGUUAUAUUCAAAAUCCAGUUAACGAAGUCACAUCAAUGACAGAUAAAAAUGCAUUGUACAAUGGUACUUGUCAAUUGAUCAUUAAAAAUGCUGAGAAAACAGAUGACGGUAUUUGGUCAUGUAAAAUUGGAAUUGAAGAAGAUAUAAAAAGCAAAAUAAUUGUAUCAAAUUUUCUCAUUUCAAUCAGAGAUGUUUUCUUAACUGGUCAAAUUAUGACAAACAAAAACGCAGCGAAUAAAACUGAUAAAUAUUUGUUUCAAUGUGAUCUUAAAAUAUCAAUUGAUUUAUUAGAGGCCUCAGUUAUUUGGUGGUGGACUCGUCCAGAUGGUUAUAACAUUUUUCUUAAUGACAUAAGAUAUUUUGUUAAUUACGAUGUCAGAAGUUCAACACUAUCUUUCAGCGAAAUACAUGAAGAAGAUAUUGGUACUUGGACAUGUCAUGCUCAGUUAAUUGGAAAAUCUCAAAGCAAUUUGACUUAUACUUUGAACUUUGAACCAGAUGUUCCAGACAAUACCAUAUACCGAAAUUAUAUCGUGGAAAAAGAAAUAUUAUAUCCUGUUGCUACAGAUAAAGACAAAGACCUCACAAUAAAUUGUCAUGUUAAACAUAAAAGCUAUAAUUUUCCAUCAAUUUCUACUUGUUAUUGGUUUCGAUCAGAUGGUACCAAGAUAACUGGGAUAUCAAACAUGCCUGGUGCUGAAUACUGGGUAGGAAUUAUCACAAAAACUAUCUGCAGAAUUAAAAUAAGAGAUAUUUAUGAUUCAAUGUUCAGAAUUAAAUAUGAAGAUGAUCUUGAAAAUGUCAAGUGUCAAUUAGCAGAAGCAAAAGAAAAAUUACAUCAAACUUGUGAACAACUGGAAAAAGAAAAAAAUAAAUAUCGUGAUGUAGUGAAUGAAAAUAUAAAAUUGAAAAACCAGUUAAAUAAAAAUAUUGAGAACAAUAAUGUCAAUAAUUUGUCAGAAUCAGUCAACAAGUAUCUUAAUUUACAAACAGAAUUGGAAAAAUCAAAAAAAGAUUCUUUUUAUUCACGUAAACAGAUGGAUCAAGAGACAAAACAGGAUCAUCUUCUCAAAUCAAGACAUCCAUUGAAAAAACGAAUAUUUGACAAAAGAAAAUUGAAAAGUCAAGUAACAGCUUUUGUUCAAAACUGUCAAACAGAAUGGAACGAGAUCAAUUCAAUUGUCAUCCCAAAAAUCAUCUAA